UCAUCUUUAUAACACCCUCUCUCUAACGACGCCAGCGCCUUCAUUUUUUCUCUCUUGCUGCACAAAACCCAAGCUUCUGCGGGUUAGAUUCUCCAGAGGACGAAAUCAUGGCGACGAACACGGCAUCACCAGCUCCACCACGGGAGCUGUCGCAGAAAGAAGCCGACAUUCAAAUGAUGUUGGCUGCUGAAGUCCACCUCGGCACCAAGAACUGUAAUUUCCAAAUGGAACGUUACGUUUUCAAGCGCCGCAACGACGGAAUUUACAUCAUCAACCUUGGGAAGACAUGGGAUAAACUUCUUUUGGCUGCCAGGGUUAUUGUUGCCAUUGAAAACCCACAAGACAUUAUUGUUCAGUCAGCUAGGCCCUAUGGUCAGAGAGCUGUUUUGAAGUUUGCUCAAUGCACUGGUGCUAAUGCUAUUGCUGGAAGGCAUACUCCUGGUACAUUUACAAAUCAGCUCCAAACUUCCUUCUGUGAGCCUCGGCUUCUCGUCCUUACUGACCCAAGGACCGACCACCAGCCAAUCAAAGAAGCAGCCUUGGGAAAUAUCCCAACUAUUGCUUUCUGCGACACUGACUCACCAAUGCGGUUUGUGGAUAUUGGUAUUCCAGCCAAUAACAAGGGGAAGCACAGCAUUGGGUGUCUAUUUUGGCUUUUGGCAAGGAUGGUUCUCCAAAUGCGUGGCACCAUUCGUCCAGGGCACAAGUGGGACAUGAUGGUUGAUUUAUUUUUCUACAGGGAGCCUGAGGAAACAAAACCACAGGAGGAGGAAAAUGUGGUUGCUCCAGUUGACUAUGCACUUACUGGAGCUGACUAUAUGGGUGGUGCCACUGAUGGCUGGUCUAAUCCUGUUGCUGAUAGUGGAUGGACCAAUGAAGCGAUACCGAUUCCUGCUACAACAGCCUUGACACCAGACCAAGCAGGUGGAUUGGAUGAUUGGGGUGCUGCUGCUGCUCCUGCUCCUGUUCCUGCGCCCCCACCUCAACCUGUAGUCGAUGAUGGUGUUAGUUGGUCGUGAGGCCUGCUACAGUUUUUACUUUGACCAUGUAUUGCAUAUUUGGCAUAAUCUUCAGCGAGUCUUAGAAAGAAUAUCAUCAUUUGUUGGGAACUGAACUUGUUUUUUUGUUUUGUUUUUCCAUCCUUUCUGGGAAUAGCUUAGAUCAAGACAAUAGUUUAAAUACUUUGAUGAUGUUGGUAUCUCAAAUGAUUGCUACAUUUGUAAUUUUUGAUUGGCACUUGAGCAACUUCCAAAUGCUUUUCUUGUUA